GUCGUCAGUCUGUUGGUUGAGUGAAAUGUCAAAUCUUUACGAGCAGUUCUGUUUUUCAUAAUUUUUGCAUUGAAAAACAAAUGUUGGUGUAAAAUAAGUUUCAGCCUGCAUUACAGAAAUAGUGUAUUUUGUUUAGUUAAUUACUCGAUAGUUUUUUGUAAAAUUCUCUUGUAACAUUAAAAUAAUGACCAGUCCUGAAAUAAAGGAUUUGUUUUUCAAAACAAGAUUUGUCAGCGGCUGGCAUUUGCUGGGAGUUGUUUUCUACUCACCUAUUGGCUUGGUCCUGGCUCUAUUGCGAGUAUUUAUCUCCCUGCAGGCGUACUUGUUGGCGCUCUUACUGCUUAUACCGGAACUGUCAUUUAUUAGAGGAUUGGUGUUGCGGUUGAUCGGGCUGGUGUUGGGCAUAUUCGUGAUAGAAGAGAACCCAUCCCAGCGGGACAAGUCCGUGAAGGUGCUGGUUGCCAACAAUGUGACAGUCCUGGACCACAUCCCAGUCCACUUGGUCACCGGCUGCUUCUCCCCAAGUGCGUGGGAUGUGUGGCCACUCUGCCUGAAAGUAUUUGAGGGCUCACAAGACAAGCACACCUUUAGUACCAAUCUGCGGAAUCACCUCAGCAGCUGUAUCGCCCCACUGCUAUUGCAGCCCGAGGAGACACCUACCAACGGAAGAGUUGGGUUGCUCAGGUUCUCCCCAUGGUGCGCCACAGUAGCUCCCACUGUUCAGCCCGUAUGUCUACAGCCCUGGCGGCCACUAGAGAUCACCACAUCCACUGUCUCUGCCUCCUUCACUGAUCUCUUCAUGUUCCUCUUUUCCCCGUCACUGUUAACGCAGUGGUUCUCCCCAUGGUGCGCCACAGUAGCUCCCACUGUUCAGCCCGUAUGUCUACAGCCCUGGCGGCCACUAGAGAUCACCACAUCCAUUGUCUCUGCCACAUUCUCCACUGAUCUCUUCAUGUUCCUCUUUUUCCCGACACUGAUAACGCAGUUCUCCCCAUGGUGCGCCACAGUAGCUCCCACUGUUCAGCCCGUAUGUCUACAGCCCUGGCGGCCAUUAGAGAUCACCACAUCCACUGUCUCUGCCUCCUUCACUGAUCUCUUCAUGUUCCUCUUUUUCCCGACACUGAUAACGCAUGAGACUAAGUAUACAGUGUGUAUGUUACUCAGGUUCUCCCCAUGGUGCGCCACAGUAGCUCCCACUGUUCAGCCCGUAUGUCUACAGCCCUGGCGGCCACUAGAGAUCACCACAUCCACUGUCUCUGCCACCUUCUCCACUGAUCUCUUCUGGUUCCUCUUCUCUCCUGUCACCGUAUUCAGAAUCAGAUAUUUGCCAGUGGUUAAGAGACAAGAGGAAGAAUCAGACGAAGACAUGGCUGAUAGAAUCGCACAGUCAAUUGCCAAAGAGCUUGGUCUCGUCAGCACAAAAUUCACUGCUAAAGAUAAGCAUGAGUACAAGAAGCGCUACGUGCUGGAGUUAAGUCGGAGUUCUGUAACUCUCGGCUCUCAGUCUGCUCCUAGGAUCAACUAUGAGAUGCAGAGAAUGGCUUCACAAGUCGCUGAAGUCCUGCCUUACGUACCGUACGACGCCAUUAUUAGAGAUCUAAGUAGAACACGAAGUGUGGACCUGACCAUAUCCAAUGUCCUGGAGGGAACUGUUAGGUUCACUCCCCUCCCUCCUGAGCAGCGAGCCAGCACCAGCAGUUCCAGUAGAACCCAAAUGUCAACGACAGUAUCAAGUGAGGCCAGCUGUUCGUUCCCCCGCUCUGCUCAGGACAGGAUGAUGACCUUUGUAGAGCGAAAGGCUCGUUUGAUCGAAGCUGCCCGCCAGAGGUACAUGGAGAAACAUGGACUGGUUGACAAGCAGUAG